AUGCCGCAAGGCGUUGUACGAGUUGACGUAGAACCGUCGAGCGAGCCAGAAUUGUAUGUAUGUGCCGAGACAGAACUCGAACAGGGUUUCGAGAAACAGACCGUGGUAGAGCGCGAGGGGCGUCCAGUGGAUGUGCAGGAUCAUUGCCAGCAGUGGCCAGAUGUGGUGGCGGAAGAAGAUGGGGAACCCGAAAGCCACCAUUUUCAGAAACGUGUGUCGCCAGUACGCGACGUCCUUGACCUUCAGCAGCAGCUCGAGCUGCGACGCGGAGUCCAGGUUUGUGCUCAGAAUAGCGUCAAAUCCGCAAUCCGCGAUCGCCUCCAUGAUUUUCCUGAUGCCAGUGCGGUUGGGGUCGUAGACGAUCCGUGCUUCCUCGGUGGCCAGGCCCACCUGGCACCGGACAACGCCGUCGAGCUUCGUGACGGCGUCCUCGAUCGAGUUCGAGCAGUUCGAGCAGGUCAUUCCGUAGAUUUUCAGCGUCAGAGACUCGUUGUCGUUGAUCGCCUGCUCGUUCUUUGUUUCCACCAGGUUGGCCUCGAACCCGCAGUCUUCCACGGCCUCGCACACCCGGCUGGCCGCACACGUGUGUGUCACGGUCGCCUGCUCGGUCAGAAGCGAGACCUGCACCGCCCGGACUCCGUCCACCUUUUUCAGGGCAUCUGUCACGGCGUUGACACAGGAGCUGCACGUCAUGCCUCCAAUGGUGAGGUAGGACGUUCGGAUUUCCGACGCGACGUCCUCCGACGCGAUCACGCUCGCUCCGAAGCCUAUAUCCUCGACGGCGUGCUGGAGGGCCGCUCCCGGGACGGUGUGCGAGUGCUCGACCAGAGCCUCCUCUGUGAUGAGCGCCACCUGGACGGCCUCGACGCCGUCUAUCUGCCGCAGACAGUCCUCGACCGCGGCCGUGCACGCCGAGCACGUCAUCCCUUCGAUGUGCAAAGAGGUGCGCACACUCAUAAGAAAAUAGUUUAA